AUGGAGGGCACCAGGGCCGCCAUCUUAGCGCCGGUCAAAAGCAAAGCCCCUCAACGGGAUCGGAAGCGGCGUGUCAGGGGUUCGGUAAGGAAAGGGGGAGUCAGCCAGAACGGAACCACCUCACCACAUGGGGAGCGCACCUCGGUCAGAGAGAGGGGGCUGGAGUCAUCCUUGGAGGUGCUGAAACCAUCCCUGCUGUCGAAGGAGCUGGGAGAGAGAGUGGGGGAGAAGGAGAGGGCGCGAGGAGCGGAGGUGUCACCUGAGGGGGAGGAGGGCCUUGGCUCCUGGGACAUGAACUCUCAGGACGAGGAGGUUGCGCAGCAGGAGAAGGGGAGUUGUAACAGCCACAGCACCUCCAAUACGGACAGCCCUACCCUCUCCAGUAGCUGCACAGGUGGGACACACUCACACACACACACAAGACCUGGGUUCAAAUACUAUUUCAAAUAUCUGUUACUGUCACACAAAUUUCAUAGUAAGUAUUGAUUUUUCUUUUUUAAUAUUGGCAUGUAUUUGAAAAUACUCAAAUACACUCCCAUGCCCAUGGUAUUUGAAAAUAGUAUUUGAAAUAUUUAUAGGAAAUUAUUUGAAAAUACUUCCAAUUAGGGCUGUGACAGUCCUGGAAUUUUGUAUUACGGUUAUUAGCCAGCCAAAUGACCAUAGUCAGCGUUAUAAUCAUUGGAUUGUUAUUUUUAAUUUAUUUAAGAUUCAUAGUUUCUCCUCUGCUCCUGACUGCACGUGCUGCUGCAGGGAGGGAAGGUGUUGCCUAGGCUUGUUUGCUACAACACCUUGCUUGUUUCAGCAAGGAGCAACCAAGUUUAAUCACGUUGUAAAGAGUCCAUGUCACUGUGGAAACAGACUCAACCUCGCACAUGCCAGGCUGUCCCAUCUUCAGUUAGCUGUUCGUUACACACAACAACAACAAACGGUUACAAAGUUUUUUUCCCCAUCCAUAAUCGUCGAUUAUACGGUAUUUGUGCCAGCCCUACUUCCAAUAGAAGUAGUUGAUUCAGGCCACAUUAUUUGAAAAUACUCAAAUAGACAGAAAAUUAUUAUUUAAAUAACAAAUAAUCAAAUACACAUGUAUUUGAACCCAGGUCUGACACACACACACACACACACACACACACACACACACACACACACACACACACACACAAUUGAAAUCUACAGAAAUCUCCACUGUGGAUAGCAUUAUAACUUUGACUAGUUGUUGUUGAUGAUUAGUGAAAUGUGGCUCACCAUGUGUGCUAUAUCUGUUUUGAUCAGGGGUGUUCCUAUAGCAUAAACACAGCAUCACCUUUUACUCUAUUUAUACUCACACAGUAAAGUCCCUGUGAUAUUUACUUUUAGACAUGGCUCCUAUAACCCAGUCCCCUCGUUAACGUGACUUGAAGGAACUCUGUGUUCCAAUCUAGAACUGUGUGCUGAUCUAGAACUUGAACUUCUAACAUAGAACUCAGUGUUCUGAUCUAAAACUCAGUGUGCUGAUCUAGAACUGUUAUUUUUUUUUGGGGGUGGGGGCGGGUGUUUUUUUGGUGAUACAUUGAGAAUGAGUCAGACUACACUACACACUAUUAGGGUUUCAAGUAAACAGUAUCGCUGCAGAUAAGCAACAUCUAGUGUUUCCCUCGAAACGCCAACACUCUUGUCACACAACUUUGCCACUGAAACGUAUUAAUAACACCAUUCUGCUCAGGCAGUGGGCAACAGGCAGCUUAAGUACUGACGGUAAAAACACUGGAGAUGGAAAACAACUCCAGAGCUACUCACUGUUUGAGUUUGAUAGUUUACCCCAAGGAGGCACAUUAAGGUGGCAAGUGAGGGGCUUCAUGUUUAAGCAGAGUUUACGUUAUACGAAUAGAAAAGCAAGUUCACUGAAUUCCCAGUCAUUAAAACCUAGUGUUGGACUGACUGACACACAUGCACACUAUGGCGCUUUCUCAAUUCCUUGCACCUUCUCUCCUCGCCUCCUUCUCAGCCGUAUUGGAGAAGACUCAAGGUCCCUCCCAACUGACCCUCUUCUCCAAUGUGUUUUGAGAAGGAGGCAAGGAGAGAUGAUGUGAGGAAUGGAGGAAAUAUUAAUUGGGAAAGAGGCUCAGAGAGGAAAGUGGUCAUGGAGGAGGCAUGGAGCACCACCUCGGCUGGUCUCAGUCAAUCUGUUCUCACUCUGGGGGAGUUAUUUCUCCUCGUGAUGAAUUCCUCAGGCGCCUCUGCCUCUCCUCCCACACAGAGGAACUCAGACACUCUUCCUUCUCUCUCUCGCUCUCUGUGUGGCUCUCCGCUGCCCGGCCUGCCCCUGCUGUGCUGGGUUUCCCAUGUUUUCAUCCUGGCCUAGCCUAGUAGCGUAGCCCUGACCUCAGGUUAGGUCUAAAAUUAAAUGGAUAGAAUAAAACACCCAUAACAUGGUCCUAAAUUCUCAAGUGGAACAUUGCAUUGAAGUGGAUUGUCUCUUCUACCCCACUCUAUUUCUAUGGGGUGUAGCAGAGUGGAUAGAACAGAAUGCACUUGGUUCCAAAUUCUGAAAUGGAACGUUGCCUUAUAAUGGAAUUUCCUCCUUGACAUUCUAGUUUUAAACAGGGUGUUGGAGAGAUCCCACUAGAAACAGAACGGAUAGAACAGAACACAUGGUUGGAACAGAAUGUGUAGAAUGGAACGCACAUGGUUCUAAAUUCUGAAAUGGAACAUCACUUGAAUCGUAUUGUCUCUCUUAGCCAGUGUAAUUCUAUGGUGUCUCCUACCCCUGGCAUUCCUAGCGUAGCUCCUGGGCUCCACUGGGAGAACCCUUUGGCAGGCAUCGGCAGAGAUUACAACUCAUGGAGGGAGCAGGCUGGAACUCACCAGCAUUGGGCAGAUCCCUGACACACACACAUUUACACAGUGGUGGAAAAAGUACUCAAUUCUCAUACUUGAGUAAAAGUUAAGAUACUUUUACUCGAGUCAUUUUCUAUUAAGUUGAGUCACCCAGUAAAAUACUAGAGUAAAACUCUAAAAGUAUUUUGUUUUAAAUAUACUUAAGUAUCAAAAGUACAGUCGUGGUGAAACGUUUUGAGAAUGACACAAAUACUAAUUUUCACAAAGUUUGCUGCCUCAGUUUUGAUGAUGGCAAUUUGCAUAUACUCCAGAAUGUCAUGAAGAGUGAUCAGAUGAAUUGCAAUUAAUUGCAAAGUCCCUCUUUGCCAUGAAAAUGAACUUAAUCCCCCCAAAAAACAUUUCCACUCCAUUCUCAGCCCUGCCCCAAAAGGACCAGCUGACAUCAUGUCAGUGAUUCUCUCGUUAACACAUGUGAGAGUGUUGACGAGGACAAGGCUGGAGAUCACUCUGUCAUGCUGAUUGAGUUAGAAUAACAGACUGGAAGCUUUAAAAGGAAGGUGGUACUUGAAAUCAUUGUUCUUAAUAUAUGCCAUUUAGCAGACGCUUUUAUCCAAAGCGACUUACAGUCAUGCGUGCAUACAUUUUUGUGUAUGGGUGGUCCCGGGGAUCGAACCCACUACCUUGGCGUUACAAGCGCCGUGCUCUACCAGCUGAGCUACAGAGGACCACGGUUAACCAUGGUUACCUGCAAGGAAACAUCAUUGCUUUGCACAAAAAGGGCUUCACAGGCAAGGAUAUUGCUGCUAGUAAGAUUGCAUCUAAAUCAACCAUUUAUCUGAUCAUCAAGAACUUCAAGGAGAGAGGUUCAAUUGUUGUGAAGAAUGCUUCAGGUCGCCCAAGAAGGCAGAAAGCAUCAGGACCGUCUCCUAAAGUUGAUUCAGCUGCGGGAUCGGGACACCACCAGUGCAGAGCUUGCUCAGGAAUGGCAGCAGGCAGGUGUGAGUGCAUCUGCACGCACAGUGAGGCAAAUACUUUUGGAGGAUGGCCUGGUGUCAAGAAGGGCAGCAAAGAAGCCACUUCUCUCCAGGAAAAACAUCAGGGACCCACAGAUAUUCUGCAAAAGGUACAGGGAUUGGACUGCUGAGGACUGGGGUAAAGUCAUUUUCUCUGAAUCCCCUUUCCGAUUGUUUGGGGCAUCCGGAAAACACCUUGUCCGGAGAAGACAAGGUGAGCGCUACCAUCAGUCCUGUGUCAUGCCAACAGUAAAGCAUCAUGAGACCAUUCAUGUGUGGGGUUGCUUCUCAGCCAAGGGAGUGGGCUCACUCACAAUUUUUCCUAAGAACACAGCCAUAAAUAAAGAAUGGUACCUCCGAGUGCAACUUCUCCCAACCAUCCAAGAACAGUUUGGUGACGACCAAUGCCUUUUCCAGCAUGAUGGAGCACCUUGCCUUAAGGCAAAAGUGAUAACUAAGUGGCUCAGGGAACAAAACAUCAAGAUUUUGGGUCCAUGUCCAGGAAACUUCCCAGACCUUAAUCCCAUUGAGAACUUGUGGUCAAUCCUCAAGAGGCGGGUGGACAAACAAAACCCCACAAAUUCUGACAAACUCCAAGCAUUGAUUAUGCAAGAAUGGGCUGCCAUCAGUCAGGAUGUGGCCCAGAAGUUAAUUGACAGCAUGCCAGGGCGGAUUGCAGAGGUCUUGAAAAAGAUGGGUCAACACUGCAAAUAUUGACUUUUUGCAUAAACUUCAUGUAAUUGUCAAUAAAAGCCUUUGACACUUAUGGAAUGCUUGUAAUUAUACUUCAGUAUACCAUAGUAACAUCUGACAAAAAUAUCUCAUAACACUGAAGCAGCGAACUUUGUGAAGACCAAUACUUGUGUCAUUCUCAAAACUUUUGACCACGACUGUAAAUGUAAUUGCACACCAACACUGACAUUUACAAACAAAGCAUUUGUGUUUAGUUAGUCCUCCAGAUCAGAGGCAGUAGGGAUGACCAGAGUUGUUCUCUUGAUAAGUGCAGGAAUUUGACCAUUUUGGCUAUCAGGGAAGUACUUUUGGGUGUCAGGGAAAAUGUAUGGAGUAAAAAGUACAUUAUUUUCUUUAGGAAUGUAGUGAAGUAAAAGUAUUCAAAAAUAUAAAAAGUAAAGUACAAAUACCACCAAAAACUACUUAAGUAGUACUUUAAAGUUGUUUUACUUAAGUACUUUACACCAUUGCAUUUACACAUAUAGAAACAUGCACGUAAACACGUGCGCAAGUGCACAUACGCCAAAAAUAUCCUCAGCAAUCUACACACAGUCUACACCCCGUAAUGGCAAAGCAAAAACAGGUUUGUAGACAUUUUGGGACGUUUUUAUUAGAUAUGUAAAUAAGGUAUUUCCGUUUUUUAUAAGUAUUCAGACCCUUUGCUAUGGGACUCUAAAUUGAGUUUAGGUGCAUCCGGUUUCCAUUGAUCAUCCUUGAGAUGUUUCUACAACUUGAUUGGAGUCCACCUGUGGUAAAUUCAAUUGAUUGGACAUGAUUUGGAAAGGCACACACCUGUCUGUAUAAGGUCCCACAGAUGACAGUGCAUGUCAGAGCAAAAACCAAGCCAUGCGGUCGAAGGAAUUCUCCUUAGAGCUCCGAGACAGGAUUGUGUCAUCCUUAAAUGGAAGAAGUUUGGAACCACCAAGACUCUUCAUAGAGCUGGCCGCCUGGCCAAACUGAGCAAUCGGGGGCGAAGAACCUUGGUCAGGGAGGUCACCAAGAACCCGAUGGUCACUCUGAUAGAGCUCUAGAGUUCCUCUGUGGAAAUGGGAGAACCUUCCAGAAGGACAACCAUCUCUGCAGCAUUCCACCAAUCAGGCCUUUAUGGUAGAGUGGCCAGACGGAAGCCACUCCUCAGUAAAAGGCACAUGACAGCCCGCUUGGAGUUUGCCAAAAGGCACCUAAAGACUCUCAGACCAUGAGAAACAAGAUUCUCUGGUCUGAUGAAACCAAGAUUGAACUCUGUGGCGCAGUGGUCUAAGGCACUGCAUCGCAGUGCUAACUGUGCCACUAGAGAUCCUGGUUCGAAUCUAGGCUCUGUCGCAGCCGGCCGCGACCGGGAGACUCAUGGGCGGCGCACAAUUGGCCCAGCGUCGUCCAGGGUAGGGGAGGGAAUGGCCGGCAGGGAUGUAGCUCAGUUGAUAGAGCAUGGCGUUUGCAACGCCAGGGUUGUGGGUUCGAUUCCCACGGGGGGCCAGUAUAAAAAUAAAAUACAAAAUAAAAUAAAUUAUUCACUAACUGUAAGUCGCUCUGGAUAAGAGCGUCUGCUAAAUGACAAAAAAAUAUAUAUAUACACUGCUCAAAAAAAUAAAGGGAACACUAAAAUAAAACAUCCUAGAUCUGAAUGAAUGAAAUAAUCUUAUUAAAUACUUUUUUCUUUACAUAGUUGAAAGUGCUGACAACAAAAUCACACAAAAAUUAUCAAUGGAAAUGAAAUGUAUCAACCCAUGGAGGUCUGGAUUUGGAGUCACCCUCAAAAUUAAAGUGGAAAACCACACUACAGGCUGAUCCAACUUUGAUGUAAUGUCCUUAAAACAAGUCAAAAUGAGGCUCAGUAGUGUGUGUGGCCUCCACGUGCCUGUAUGACCUCCCUACAACGCCUGGGCAUGCUCCUGAUGAGGUGGCGGAUGGUCUCCUGAGGGAUCUCCUCCCAGACCUGGACUAAAGCAUCCGGCAACUCCUGGACAGUCUGUGGUGCAACGUGGCAUUGGUGGAUGGAGUGAGACAUUAUGUCCCAGAUGUGCUCAAUUGGAUUCAGGUCUGGGGAACGGGCGGGCCAGUCCAUAGCAUCAAUGCUUUCCUCUUGCAGGAACUGCUGACACACUCCAGCCACAUGAGGUCUAGCAUUGUCUUGCAUUAGGAGGAACCCAGGGCCAACCGCACCAGCAUAUGGUCUCACAAGGGGUCUGAGGAUCUCAUCUCGGUACCUAAUGGCAGUCAGACUACCUCUGGCGAGCACAUGGAGGGCUGUGCGGCCCCCCAAAGAAAUGCCACCCCACACCAGGACUGACCCACCGCCAAACCGGUCAUGCUGGAGGAUGUUGCAGGCAGCAGAAUGUUCUCCACGGUGUCUCCAGACUCUGUCACGUCUGUCACAUGCUCAGUGUGAAUUUGCUUUCAUCUGUGAAGAGCACAGGGCGCCAGUGGCGAAUUUGCCAAUCUUGGUGUUCUCUGGCAAAUGCCAAACGUCCUGCACGGUGUUGGGCUGUAAGCACAACCCCCACCUGUGGACGUCGGGCCCUCAUACCACCCUCAUGGAGUCUGUUUCUGACCGUUUGAUCAGACACAUGCACAUUUGUGGCCUGCUGGAGGUCAUUUUGCAGGGCUCUGGCAGUGCUCCUCCUGCUCCUCCUUGCACAAAGGCGGAGGUAGCGGUCCUGCUGCUGGGUUGUUGCCCUCCUACGGCCUCCUCCACGUCUCCUGAUGUACUGGCCUGUCUCCUGGUAGCGCCUCCAUGCUCUGGACACUACGCUGACAGACACAGCAAACCUUCUUGCCACAGCUCGCAUUGAUGUGCCAUCCUGGAUGAGCUGCACUACCUGAGCCACUUGUGUGGGUUGUAGACUCCGUCUCAUGCUACCACUAGAGUGAAAGCACCGCCAGCAUUCAAAAGUGACCAAAACAUCAGCCAGGAAGCAUAGGAACUGAGAAGUGGUCUGUGGUCACCACAUGCAAAACCAGUCCUUUAUUGGGGGUGUCUUGCUAAUUGCCUAUAAUUUCCACCUGUUGUCUAUUCCAUUUGCACAACAGCAUGUGACAUUUAUUGUCAAUCAGUGUUGCUUCCUAAGUGGACAGUUUGAUUUCACAGAAGUGUGAUUGACUUGGAGUUAUAUUGUGUUGUUUAAGUGUUCCCUUUAUUUUUUUGAGCAGUGUAUAUAUUUUUUUGGCCUGAAUGCCAAGUGUCACGUCUGGAGGAAACCUGGCACCAUCCCUACGGUGAAGCAUGGUGGUGGCAGAAUCAUGCUGUGGGGAUGUUUUUCAGCUGCAGAUACUGAGAGACUAGUCGGGAUCGAGGGAAAGAUGAACGGAGCAAAGUACAGAGAAAUCCUUGAUGAAAACCUGCUGCAUAGAGCUCAGGACCUCAGACUGGGGCGAAUGUUCACCUUCCAACAGGACAAUGACCCUAGGCACACAGCCAAGACAACGCAGGAGUGGCUUCGGGACAAGUCUCUGAAUAUCCUUGAGUGGCCCAGCCAGAGCCCGGAAUUGAACCCUAUCUAACAUCUCUCGAGAGACCUGAAAAUAGCUGUGCAGCAACACUCCCCAUUCAACCUAACAGAGCUUGACAGGAUCUGCAGAGAAGAAUGUGAGAAACUCCACAAAUACAAGGGUGCGAAGCUUGUAGCGUCAUACCCAAGAAGACUGGAGGCUGUAAUCGCUGCCAAAGGUGCUUCAACAAAGUACUGAGUAAACGGUCUGAAUACUUAUGUAAAUGUAAUAUUUCAUUAUUUUUUUAAAUUAAAAUGUCUAAAAACCUGUUUUUGCUCUGUCAUUAUGGGGUAUUGUGUUUAGAUUGAUGAGGGGGGGAAACAAUUUAAUCAAUUUUAGAAAAAGGUUGCAACCUAACAAUAUGUGGAAAAAGUCAAGGGGUCUGAACUUUCCGAAGGCACUGAGUAAUUGGACUGUUCAGUAGUCGCAAAUUAAUACCAGUACAUUUAUUUGACGAGGAGAUGUUCCUUGUCUGGUCAUGUGAUCAGGACAAACUCCUGUCCCUAGGUAAAGUCAGUCAGGGAUUCAGGGCCCUAGAAUAAGGAGGGCCUGUUGUCUGGACCUCUGGCAGUCUCUAUGGGGGUGCCACAGGGUGCAAUUCUCGGGCCGACUCUAUUCGCUGUGUAUAUCAAUGAUGUCGCUCUUGCUGCUGGUGACUCUCAGAACCACCUCUACGCAGACGACACCAUUUUGUAUACAUCUGGCCCUUCAUUGGACACUGUGUUAACAAACCUCCAAACGAGCUUCAAUGCCAUACAACACUCCUUUCGUGGCCUCCAACUGCUCUUAAACACAAGUAAAACUAAAUGCAUGCUCUUCAAUCGAACGCUGCUUGCACCCGCCCGCCUGACUAGAAUCACUACUCUCGGCGGGUCUGACUUAGAAUAUGUGGACAACUACAAAUACCUAGGUGUCUGGUUAGACCGUAAACUCUCCUUCCAGACUCACAUUAAGCAUCUCCAAUCCAAAGUUAAAUCUAGAAUCGGCUUCCUAUUUCGCAACAAAGCCUCCUUCACUCAUGCUGCUAAACAUGCCCUCGUAAAACUGACUAUCCUACCGAUCCUUGACUUCGGCGACGUCAUUUACAAAAUAGCUUCCAACACUCAACUCAGCAAAUUGGAUGUAGUCUAUCACAGUGCCAUCCGUUUUGUCACCAAAGCCCCAUAUACUACCCACCAUUGUGACCUGUACGCUCUCGUUGGCUGGCCCUCACUACAUAUUCGUUGCCAAACUCACUGGCUCCAGGUCAUCUAUAAAUCACUUCUAGGCAAAUCCCGCCUUAUCUUAGUUCAUUGGUCACCAUAGCAACACCCACCCGUAGUAUGCGCUCCAGCAGGUAUAUCUCACUGGUCACCCCCAAAGCCAACACCUCCUUUGGCCGCCAUUCCUUCCAGUUGUCUGCUGCAAAAAUCUCUGAAGCUGGAGACACUUAUCUCCCUCACUAACUUUAAGCAUCAGUUGUCAGAGAAGCUUACCGAUCACUGUACCUGUACACAGCCCAUCUGUAAUUAGCCCACCCAACUACCUCAUCCCCAUAUUGUUAUUUACAUUGUUAUUUAUUUUGCUCAUUUGCACCCCAGUAUCUCUAUUUGCACAUCUUCUGCACAUCUAUCACUCCAGUGUUAAUACUAAAUUGUAAUUAUUUCGCACUAUGGCCUAUUUAUUGCCUUACCUCCAUAACUUACUACAUUUGCACACACUGUAUAUAGAUUUUCUAUUUUCUAUUGUGUUAUUGACUGUGUGUUUUUGUUUACCCCAUAUGUAACUCUGUUGUUGUUGUUGUUUUUAUCUCACUGCUUUGCUUUAUCUUGGCCAGGUCACAGUUGUAAAUGAGAACUUGUUCUCAACUGGCUUACCUGGUUAAAUAAAGAUAACAGAACCUUCCCUUGUCUAUCUGUCUCCAGAUCUGUCCCAGACGUCGUCUCCAUCGCUGUCGGACCAACUCCUCCUGGGUCGAGAGGAUGGGACGGUGGCCGGGAUCAAUGUGGAAUGUCGGAUCUGUGGAGACAAGGCCUCUGGGUUCCACUAUGGAGUACAUGCCUGUGAGGGUUGCAAGGUGAGUAAGCAGGGAUUGAAGGGAUGGGAAGAUCCCAGGAGGCUCCCAGGAUGUGUUACAUAAAAUGUAUUGGAGCAGCUCUUUGCAUAGUUUAUGAAUGAUGAAGUCUACUGCUCUAUAUAUCUAAUAAACCCUUUCUCACUGUUUUUGCUUUCUCCCCCCCACUGACUCUGUUUCUCUCAGGGGUUUUUCCGGCGGACCAUUCGUAUGAAGCUGGAGUACGAGCGCUGUGAGCGCAGCUGUAAGAUCCAGAAGAAAAGCAGAAACAAGUGCCAGUACUGCCGCUUCCAGAAGUGCCUGCUGCUGGGCAUGUCCCAUGACGGUGAGACACACACACUAACCACCUUCCCAUUCCCACAUUUUGUCUAGAGAACGUCAGGGAUGUACCCCAUCAGUGAGUUUUCCUGCUUGUUCCCAGCAAUCCGGUAUGGCCGCAUGCCGGAGGCGGAGAAGAGGAAGCUGGUGGCGGGCCUCCUGGCGGGAGAGAGAGCCCCGACCAUCAACCCCAACGGCUCGGACCUCAAAUCCCUGGCCAAGCGGGUCAACAAUGCCUACCUGAAGAACCUCAACAUGACCAAGAAGAAGGCCCGCAGCAUCCUCACCGGCAAGACCAGCGUCAGCCCAGUAGCGUAUCCAUAUGUAAAUGAAAUAUACUGAACAAAAAUAUAAAUGCAACAUGCAACAAUUUCAACGAUUUUACUGAGUUACAGUUCAAGGAAAUCAGUCAGUUGAAAUAAAUUCAUUAGGCCCUAAUCUAUCCACCCACUGGGGAGCCAGGCACAGCCAAUCAGAAUGAGUUUUUCCCCACAAGAGGGCUUUAAUACAGACAGAAAUACUUUUCAGUUUCAUCAGCUGUCCGGGUGGCUGGUCUCAGACAAUCCUGCAGGUGAAGAAGCCGGAUGUGAAGGUCCUGGGCUGGCGUGGUUACAAUGUGGUCUGCGGUUGUGAGGCUGGUUGGACGUACUGCCAAAUUCUCUAAAACGAUGUUGGAGGCGGCUUAUGGUAUUAGAGAAAUUAAAAUGCAAUUAUCUGGCAACAGUUCUAGUGGACAUUCCUGCAGUCAGCAUGCCAAUUGCACGCUCCCUCAACUUGAGACAUCUGUGGCAAUGAGUUGUGAGACAACUGCACAUUUCAGAGUGGCCUUUUAUUGUCCCCAGCACAAGGUGCACCUGUGUAAUGAUCAUGCUGUUUAAUCAGCUUCUUGAUAUGCCACACCUGUCAGGUGGAUGGAUUAUCUUGGCAAAGGAGAAAUGCUCACUAACAGGGAUGUAAACAAAUUUGUGCAUACAAUUUGAGAGAAAUAGGCUUUUUAUGCGAAUGAGACAUUUCAGGGAUCUUUUUUCUUUCAGCUCAUGGAACAUGGGACCAACACUUGCGUUUAUAUUUUUGUUCAGUAUACAUAUAACACUUUAACACCAGCUCCAUACUCUUUCCAUAUGUAAAUAUUAUACAUUUCAUAUAUUUUAACACCAGGUCAGCUCAAUACUCUAUCCAUAUGUAAAUAUGAUACAUAUAAUAUAUGAACUUCAGCUACAGUGUCGUACAGUACAGACACAUAAUACUUUAACACCAGCUGUAGCCCAGUACUGUGUAUACAUAUUCUGCAUACUGACUAUAAAGCAUAUGAUACCCUCAGACCAGCUCCGAUUUUCAUCUGGAUUAACCUCCUAGAGUCGAUGUUAGUAUGUGGACAUCUAAUUAACAUAAUACAAAAGUCCCCAUCAAAAUCUGUCAGUUUAAGCUGUGGUUCAAUCCACUGCAUAUGCUGAUGUCUCCCUUUCGCAUCUGCGGUGAAAGGUGGCAGUGCUAGAGCAGUGUUUGUCAGACCACGAGACAUCCCAAAAAUCGGUGUUCUCACAAAAACUUCUGUAGCGUCCGAAGGCUUUGGCCCACAAACUAUAAUGACCACUCUAUGGAAAGAUGAGACUCUCACAAACACAUUGGGUUUGCUUUACGGCCCCCACAAGCGUCACAGGAUUUAUCUGAAGUCGGUACAUCCAAUCUGCCAACUUCUGUCUGUAGCGUCUGAACCGUUUCGGCUACACACUAAUAUGAGGCGAGUCUCUUACGAACACAAACAUGUUGAUUGUUUUGCUCUAGGACGCUCACAAGCCUCACAAGACUAGUCUGAAUGUAGUCCGGUACCAGUUGAAGUUAAUGGAAGUGCAUUCGGAAAGUAUUCAGACCCCUUUACUUUUUCCACAUUUUGUUGUGUUACAGCCAUAUUCUAAAAUGAUUAAGAUUUUUUUAUUGUAUUUAUUUACACACAAUACCCCAUAAUGACAAAGCAAAAAUAGGUUUUUAGACAUUUUUGCAAAAAAAAGACUGAAAUCACAUUUACAUAAGUAUUCAGAGUACUUUGUUGGAACACCUUUGGCAGCAAUUACAGCCUCAAGUCUUCUUGGGUAUGACGCUACAAGCUUUGCGCACCUUUAUUUGGAGAGUUUCUCCCAUUCUUCUCUGCAGAUCCUCUCAAGCGCCGUCAUGUUGGAUGGGGAGCGUCGUUGCACAGAGAUGGGUUAAAGUCCGGGCUCUGGCUGGGCCACUCAAGGACAUUCAGAGACUUGUCCUGAAGCCACUCCUGCGUUGUCUUGGCUGUGUGCUUAGGGUCGUUGUCCUGUUGGAAGGUGAACCUUCACCCCAGUCUGAGGUCCUGAGUGCUCUGGAGCAGGUUUUCAUCAAGGAUCUCUCUGUACUUUGCUCCGUUCAUCUUUCCCUCGAUCCUGACUAGUCUCCCAGUGCCUGCCGCUGAAAAACAUCCCCACAGCAUGAUGCUGCCACCACCAUGCUUCACCGUAGGGAUGGUGCCAGGUUUCCUCCAGACGUGACGCUUGGAAUUCAGGCCAAAGAGUUCAAUCUUGGUUUCAUCAGACCAGAGAAUCUUGUUUCUCAUGGUCUGAGAGUCCUUUAGGUGCCUUUUGGCAAACUCCAAGUGGGCUGUCGUGCAUUUUACUGAGGAGUGGCUUCCGUUUGGCCACUCUACUAUAAAGGCCUGAUUGUUGGAGUGCUGCAGAGAUGGUUGUCCUUCUGGAAGGUUCUCCCAUCUCCACCAAGGUACUCUGGAGCUCUGUCAGUGACCAUCGGGUUCAUGGUCACCUCCCUGACCAAGGCCGUUCUCCCCCGAUUGCUCAGUUUGGCCAGGUGCCCAGCUCUAGGAAGAGUCUUGGUGGUUCCGAACUUCUCCCAUUUAAGAAUGAUGGAGGCCACUGUGUUUCUUGGGGACCUUCAAUGCUGCAGACAGUUUUUGGUACCCUUCCCCAGAUCUGUGCUUCGACACAAUCCUGUCUCAGAGCUCUACGGACAAUUCCUUCGACCUCAUUGCUUGGUUUUUGCUAUGACAUGCACUGUCAAUUGUGGGACCUUAUAUAGACAGGCGUGUGCUUUUCUAAAUCAUGUCCAAUCAAUUGAAUUUACCACAGGUGGACUUGUUGUAGAAACAUCUCAAGGAUGAUCAAUGGAAACAGGACGCACCUGAGCUCAAUUUCGAGUUUCAUAGCAAAGGGUCUGAAUACUUAUGUAAAUAAGGUAUUUAAAAUAAAAAAUGCAAAAAUGUCUAAACCUGUUUUCGUUUUGUCAUUAUGGGGUAAUGUGUAUAGGUUGAUGGAAAAAAGUUAUUUCAUCCUUCUUUGGAUAAGUCUGUAACGUAACAAUGUGGAAAAAGUCAAGGGGUCUGAAUACUUUAUGAAUGCACUGUAUAUUUGGAGAUAGUUUAGUGUCUAAAAUAAAGGGUUAAUAAAAUAGUUUCCUGAUCUUCUUAUAUCUCUCAGACACUAUGGGCUGAUAGCAGUAAGGCCAAAAUCAAUGUUUCAUCAAACCAAUAAUAUAUAUUUUUUAAAUUAUACCUUAAGUCAUUUCCAUGCACUUCAAUUGUGUCCAUGGCCUUUUCUGAUUCUGUCGUUUCAAUCAACACUAAUUGAAGCAACAGGUAUGUAGCCUUUACUCUAGAAUGGCAGUCUGGAAACAGGAGCACCAAGUGGCACAGCUGCACUAAAACUUCACUUCUGUUCACACUGCCUAGCUUUCCAGUAGUGUUGGUUGCCUAGCAGCUGUGUAUAAACUUGUUGUAAAAACCCUGGUUGUCUCAAGGCCUUAUCACUGUUGUGUCUAAGAUGGGGAGGACAGGAGAACGGGCCAAAUUGUCAGUGUCACUGUUAUUUUACAGGCUGGCUGUAUGCAAACACAAUUUCUUCCUAUCAGUGUACCUUCCUAAACCAGGCCCAGGCAGAAUGCAAUUUCAAGUGAAAAGUCUUACUAUUAUUAUACUUCUAUUUAUUAACUACAGUGGGGAGAACAAGUAUUUGAUACACUGCCGAUUUUGCAGGUUUUCCUACUUACAAAGCAUGUAGAGGUCUGUAAUUUUUAUCAUAGGUACACUUCAACUGUGAGAGACGGAAUCUAAAACAAAAAUCCAGAAAAUCACAUUGUAUGAUUUUUAAGUAAAUAAUUUGCAAUUUAUUGCAUGAUAUAAGUAUUUGAUACAUCAGAAAAGCAGAACUUAAUAUUUGGUACAGAAACCUUUGUUUGCAAUUACAGAGAUCAUACGUUUCCUGUAGGUCUUGACCAGGUUUGCACACACUGCAGCAGGGAUUUUGGCCCACUCCUCCAUACAGACCUUCUCCAGAUCCUUCAGGUUUCGGGGCUGUCGCUGGGCAAUACGGACUUUCAGCUCCCUCCAAAGAUUUUCUAUUGGGUUCAGGUCUGGAGACUGGCUAGGCCACUCCAGGACCUUGAGAUGCUUCUUACGGAGCCACUCCUUAGUUGCCCUGGCUGUGUGUUUCGGGUCGUUGUCAUGCUGGAAGACCCAGCCACGACCCAUCUUCAAUGCUCUUACUGAGGGAAGGAGGUUGUUGACCAAGAUCUCGCGAUACAUGGCCCCAUCCAUCCUCCCCUCAAUACGGUGCAGUCGUCCUGUCCCCUUUGCAGAAAAGCAUCCCCAAAGAAUGAUGUUUCCACCUCCAUGCUUCACGGUUGGGAUGGUGUUCUUGGGGUUGUACUCAUCCUUCUUCUUCCUCCAAACACGGCGAGUGGAGUUUAGACCAAAAAGCUCUAUUUCUGUCUCAUCAGACCACAUGACCUUCUCCCAUUCCUCCUCUGGAUCAUCCAGAUGGUCAUUGGCAAACUUCAGACGGGCCUGGACAUGCGCUGGCUUGAGCAGGGGGACCUUGCGUGCGCUGUAGGAAUUUUAUCCAUGACGCCGUAUUGUGUUACUAAUGGUUUUCUUUGAGACUGUGGUCCCAGCUCUCUUCAGGUCAUUGACCAGGUCCUGCCGUGUAGUUCUGGGCUGAUCCCUCACCUUCCUCAUGAUCAUUGAUGCCCCACGAGGUGAGAUCUUGCAUGGAGCCCCAGACUGAGGGGGAUUGAUCAUCUUGAACUUCUUCCAUUUUCUAAUAAUUGCGCCAACAGUUGUUGCCUUCUCACCAAGCUGCUUGCCUAUUGUCCUGUAUCCCAUCCCAGCCUUGUGUAGGUCUACAAUUUUAUCCCUGAUGUCCUUACACAGCUCUCUGGUCUUGGCCAUUGUGGAGAGGUUGGAGUCUGUUUUGAUUGAGUGUGUGGACAGGUGUCUUUUAUACAGGUAACGAGUUCAAACAGGUGCAGUUAAUACAGGUAAUGAGUGGAGAACAGGAGGGCUUCUUAAAGAAAAACGAACUGGUCUGUGAAAGCCGGAAUUCUUACUGGUUGGUAGUUGAUCAAAUACUUAUGUCAUGCAAUAAAAUGCAAAUUAAUUACUUAAAAAUCAUACAAUGUGAUUUUCUGGAUUUUUGUUUUAGAUUCUGUCUCUCACAGUUGAAGUGUACCUAUGAUAAAAAUUACCGACCUCUACAUGCUUUGUAAGUAGGAAAACCUGCAAAAUCGGCAGUGUAUCAAAUACUUGUUCUCCCCACUGUAAAUGUCUUCUCUCUCUCUCCCUUCCUUUCUUUGUCUUUUUUCUUCCCCUCCUCUGCAGCCCUUUGUGAUUCACGACAUGGACUCGUUGUGCCAGGCUGAGAACGGGCUGGUGUGGAAACAGCUGAUCAACGGCACGCCCCCCAACAAGGAGAUAGGGGUACACGUGUUCUACCGCUGCCAGUGCACCACAGUGGAGACGGUCAGGGAGCUCACUGAGUUCGCCAAGAGCAUCCCCGGCUUCGUAGACCUCUUCCUUAACGACCAGGUAAAUAUAGCAACACUACAUUGUCAGUCAAUCAAUCAAGACCAGGUACAGAACAGCAACACAACAUUCCAUCAAAUCAUUAAUCAAUAGUUUUGUUGUCCAAGUUGGAAAGUCAUUGUACAGCCAGGAAUUUUAUAUAUAGUAAGCUAUAAUAUAGUUAACCAAUAAGGCCGGAGGAGGUGUGGUAUAUUGGCCAUUUAUAUACUGGGUGGUUCGAGCCCUGAAUGCUGAUUGACUGAAAGCCGUGGGUAUAUCAGACCGUAUACCACGGGUAUGACAAAACAUUACUUUUUCCUGCUCUAAUUACGUUGGUAACCAGUUUAUAAUAGCAAUAAGGCACCUUGGGCGUUUGUGAUAAUGGCCAAUAUACCAAACUAAGGGCUAUGUCCAGGCACUCCACGUGCAUAAAAACAGCCCUUAGCCAGUGUAUAUUGGCCAUAUACCACACCCCCUCAUGCCUUAUUGCUUAAUUAUAAACUGGGUCGUUUGUGUCCUGGAGGCUGAUUGGCUGAAACAACAGCAUUUCAGCCGUGUGUAAGACAAUCAGGGUUUCUGUUAGGAAAAUGUGGCGCCGGACAACGUGACCGGGAAGAAUUUAAUUUACUGGCCAUUUGAGAAAUAUUCCAGACCAAUAUCCAUUGGGUGCAUAUCCCAUUAGGGCGUCCACCCACGGUGCUCAGAAUGACAGAAGUCACAUUUAUCUUAAUAGGACAUGCUACUCAUGUAAUGAAGCAGCCAAUAAAACUUCUUUUUUUUAAUUUGUUAAAAUGCAAUUAGUGGGAAAACACCAUUCUAAACAGUGCACCUGAUAGCGGUUCCAUAUGUGACAGAUGAAUAUCUCUGUUAGAAACUUAGAAAGAGGGGUAAUCUAAAGAUGCAACAACUAGGAUGGGUUGCUUAUAUGACUAAGAUUGUGCCUUUGGCCCUGGACAAUGAAAGAAAGUUGAUAUGAAAGCCAAUAGAACAGGAGAGAAAUGGCAUAGCGGUGUGUCCAAUAGAGAAGUAAAUGGAAAUAUUUGCUGUCGAUACAGAAAUAAAUAAAAUAUUUCACCAGAAAGCAUGACUAAGCCACAGAGGGAUCGAGGAUCAUUAGCUGUUUGUUUUUUUAUAUUGCUGUGGAUUGUUUCAAUUGCUGAUGAUCUCACAUUAGUUGACUUUUAGUUUGUAUUAUUUUAAUUCAGUUGUAUGAUUAAUUGCUUGACAAUGAUUUUGAGAAAUGAAAACAUUAUAAUUGAAAUGAAACUGUUCCAUGAAAAUGUGCAUAUAAAAAUCAUAACUGUCACACAAAACGGUAGAAAUGGUAGGAUAAAUUGUAAGCUUACCCAAACUUGAAACUCACGCGCCGCCUAUGAAGUCUUUGUAAAAUAAUUGCCUCCAUGUUUCCAUGGUCGGAUUUUGCCUAUAGGCCACUUUGAAGCAAGGUAAGACAUGCCUCAUAAUAUGAAAUAAAACAUUCAGGUUUCAAACAAUUUAAGUAUGUUUUCAAAAUGCAUACUGCCUCCAGCUCACAUUGUAAAGUGUUGGGUGACGCUAUGAUAACCUGUUGCCUGCACUUGAAUGGUGAAUGGGAGGCGCACAAUUACCAGUUGAGAACUAAAAAUAGUAGCUCUUUUUAAUUGUGCACCAAAACUGUUAACACGCAAUUGCAUUUAGAGCUAUGAAUGGGCUUAUAAAAGCAUGUUUUACUCCAGCAGUAACCAGCUGAGGAGCUGCAGAAGAAAUCCCGCUCAAAAUAGGCUCUAUAUGCUGUGCACUGAUAGUUGUGUUGGAUAAAUAAGAUGCAUGAUGACUAAUGAAAAUACACACAGGCCAAUUUAAAAUAAAUCCAUGCCUUGUGGCCGUUGUGCCCUUGGGCUGAAUAUAAUAAUUAUAAUUCCCUUCUCCCAGAUGCCAAUCUCCCUGCUCUGAAGAACCUCACUCGCAUUGGCGCUCUCAAAUAUCUCAAUUCUUAUUAGCCAAUGCCCAUCACGUGAUAGGAUCCUUCUCACAGGCAUCGCAGCUCCGAAGUAGGCUAGUGAAGACGGACACAUCGGGGAUGCAACGGCGCGCGUCCUUCUUAUCGAAUUCUGAGGGGCAUAUUGAAGAUGUUAGAAGAACUGUCCACAUUUACUUUUUGUCAGCCAACAAGAUGAGUAACGAACAGCAAAAGCACUACCUAUGUCAAUCUACUAUCCCCCAUAGUACAAAAGUUGACCUAUUCUAUUGGUCAGCUUGUCGUUCUGUGCGAGAAAUAAAUAUUCCAAACAGACUCUGGGACAGUUGUGGGAUGAUGGAGCCCAAAUUAAUACAACAACUGUACAUUUAAAAAAAGUUUUCAAGCAAUGAGGCUGAUGCAACAGAUCAGAAUGUUUAGCUUAAAAUGUUGAUAAACUAUUAGGCUAUUUCUUCACAUUAUAAGCACAGCAAUGCACACAUGGCAGUAGGCUAUAAGCCCAAAUGUUCCAAAAUGCAAUUAGCGGGAAAACACUGUUCUGCAAAGUGCUCCGCAAAUGCGAGCGGUUUCAUAUGACAGAGAUGAGAAUAGCCUUUAGAAAUUUAGAAAGGCAAGAUCUAAAGAUGCAACAACUAGCAUGGGUUGUUAAUAUGACUAGGAUUGCGUCUUUGGCUGCUGGACAACGAAAGAAAGUUGAGAACAUGAGAUAAAUACUGGUUUCAAUGGCAAAUAAGGAAGUGUAUAUAAAAGAAUCCCCUUAACAUUCCUAUGGUUGGAACACAGUAAGACAUGCCUCAUAAAAUUACAAAAAAACAUCCAGGUUUUAAACAAUUACGUUUAUGGUUAAAGAGUUUGAAAAUGUUGACUGCCUCUGCUCAGAUUGUAAGGUGGGUGAUGUUGCGGUGCGCAACAGGCACUGGCCUUUCUCUGCUAUCUGAACCAACAGUGCCUUGAGUAUGACAGAAUCAAGCCUUUAGACGUUAAUAUUAAUUAUCUUACAUUUUAUUUGUCAAACAUGAAGCUGGAGACUCUUAUCUCCCUCACUAACUUUAAGCAUCAGUUGUCAGAGCACCUUACCGAUCACUGCACCUGUACACAGCCCAUCUGAAAUUAGCCCACCCAACUACCUCAUCCCUAUAUUGUUAUUUAUUUUGCUCUUUUGCACCCCAGUAUCUCUAUUUGCACAUAAUCUCUUGCACAUCUAGCAUUCCAGUGUUAAUACUAAUUGUAAUUAUUUUGCACUAUAGCCUAUUUAUUGCCUUACCUCCAUAACUUGCUACAUUUGCACACACUGUAUAUAUAUUUUCUGUUGUAUUUUUGACUGUUUUUUUUACCCCAUAUGUAACUCUGUGUUGUUGUUUUUAUCGCUUUGCUUUAUCUUGGCCAGGUCGCAGUUGUAAAUGAGAACUGAAAUAAAAUAAAAAUAUUUUUAAAAAAAAUAAAACAUGACUGGCUUUUAGCCUAUAUCUAUGUAAUUAAGUCUCAUUGAAGUCUGGCUAAAUUUUCUGGCGCCUCCCUCCUGUCAGCAUCGAUGUGGACAUGAGACUGUAGCCAAUAUGCAUAGGCUAUAUCACCUACACUUUGACAUGUAGGCUAGUUAUGUAUAUACAUUUAUGUACACUUAUGUUUUUCUUAACAGAAUAGCCAGUGUUUUUUUUGGGGUUUCAUAUCAAUUUAAUUGGCUAUUUUGGUUAAUGGCCUUGGUGCCCUACAGAUGGCCUUGGUGCCCUGGCAGAUUGGGCACCUCUUGGCCUUGCCCCAAAUGGCCUUGCCCCUAAAAUCACGACGUUCCGGGUCUGACCCGUUGUAUAUUGUGUGUGUGUGUAUGUAUGUAUGUGUGUGUGUGUGUAUGUAUGUAUGUAUAUAUAUAUAUGUAUGUAUGUGUGUAUAUAUAUAUAUAUAUAUCUAUAUAUAUAUAUAUAUAUAUAUAUAUAUAUCUAUAUCAUAUCUAUAUCUCUCUCUAUAUAUAUCUAUAUAUCAUACUGUGUCUGUAUGUGUGUGUAUAUAUAUAUAUAUAUAUAUACACCCCACACACACACACCACACACACACCACACACACACACACACACAGUGAGGGGAAAAAAGUAUUUGAUCCCCUGCUGAUUUUGUAUGUUUGCCCACUGACAAAGAAAUGAUCAGUCUAUAAUUUUAAUGGUAGGUUUAUUUGAACAGUGAGAGACAGAAUAACAACAAAAAAAUCCAGAAAAGCGCAUGUCAAAAAUGUUAUAAAUUGAUUUGCAUUUUAAUGAGGGAAAUAAGUAUUUGACCCCUCUGCAAAACAUGACUUAGUACUUGGUGGCAAAACCCUUGUUGGCAAUCACAGAGGUCAGACGUUUCUUGUAGUUGGCCACCAGGUUUGCACACAUCUCAGGAGGGAUUUUGUCCCACUCCUCGUUUGGCAACUCGAACCUUCAGCUCCCUCCACAGAUUUUCUAUGGGAUUAAGGUCUGGAGACUGGCUAGGCCACUCCAGGACCUUAAUGUGCUUCUUCUUGAGCCACUCUUUUGUUGCCUUGGCCGUGUGUUUUGGGUCAUUGUCAUGCUGGAAUACCCAUCCACGACCCAUUUUCAAUGCCCUGGCUGAGGGAUGGAGGUUCUCACCCAAGAUUUGACGGUACAUGGCCCCGUCCAUCGUCCCUUUGAUGCGGUGAAGUUGUCCUGUCCCCUUAGCAGAAAAACACCCCCAAAGCAUAAUGUUUCCACCUCCAUGUUUGACGGUGGGGAUGGUGUUCUUGGGGUCAUAGGCAGCAUUCCUCCUCCUCCAAACACGGCGAGUUGAGUUGAUGCCAAAGAGCUCGAUUUUGGUCUCAUCUGACCACAACACUUUCACCCAGUUCUACUCUGAAUCAUUCAGAUGUUCAUUGGCAAACUUCAGACAGGCCUGUACAGUGAGGAGAACAAGUAUUUGAUACACUGCCGAUUUUGCAGGUUUUCCUACUUACAAAGCAUGUAGAGGUCUGUAAUUUGUAUCAUGGGUACACUUCAACUGUGAGAGACGGAAUCUAAAACAAAAAUCCAGAAAAUCACAUUGUAUGAUUUUUAAGUAAUUAAUUUGCAUUUUAUUGCAUGACAUAAGUAUUUGAUCAACUACCAACCAGUAAGAAUUCCGGCUUUCACAGACCAGUUCGUUUUUCUUUAAGAAGCCCUCCUGUUCUCCACUCAUUACCUGUAUUAACUGCACCUGUUUGAACUCGUUACCUGUAUAAAAGACACCUGUCCACACACUCAAUCAAAACAGACUCCAACCUCUCCACAAUGGCCAAGACCAGAGAGCUGUGUAAGGACAUCAGGGAUAAAAUUGUAGACCUGCACAAGGCUGGGAUGGGCUACAGGACAAUAGGCAAGCAGCUUGGUAAGAAGGCAACAACUGUUGGCGCAAUUAUUAGAAAAUGGAAGAAGUUCAAGAUGACGGUCAAUCACCCUCGGUCUGGGGCGCCAUGCAAGAUCUCACCUCGUGGGGCAUCAAUGAUCAUGAGGAAGGUGAGGGAUCAGCCCAGAACUACACGGCAGGACCUGGUCAAUGACCUGAAGAGAGCUGGGACCACAGUCUCAAAGAAAACCAUUAGUAACACACUAUGCCGUCAUGGAUUAAAAUCCUGCAGCGCACGCAAGGUCCCCCUGCUCAAGCCAGCGCAUGUCCAGGCCCGUCUGAAGUUUGCCAAUGAUCAUCUGGAUGAUCGAGAGGAGGAAUGGGAGAAGGUCAUGUGGUCUGAUGAGACAAAAAUAGAGCUUUUUGGUCUAAACUCCACUCGCUGUGUUUGGAGGAAGAAGAAGGAUGAGUACAACCCCAAGAACACCAUCCCAACCGUGAAGCAUGGAGGUGGAAACAUCAUUCUUUGGGGAUGCUUUUCUGCAAAGGGGACAGGACGACUGCACCGUAUUGAGGGGAGGAUGGAUGGGGCCAUGUAUCGCGAGAUCUUGGCCAACAACCUCCUUCCCUCAGUAAGAGCAUUGAAGAUGGGUCGUGGCUGGGUCUUCCAGCAACGACCCGAAACACACAGCCAGGGCAACUAAGGAGUGGCUCCGUAAGAAGCAUCUCAAGGUCCUGGAGUGGCCUAGCCAGUCUCCAGACCUGAACCCAAUAGAAAAUCUUUGGAGGGAGCUGAAAGUCUGUAUUGCCCAGCGUCAGCCCCGAAACCUAAAGGAUCUGGAGAAGGUCUGUAUGGAGGAGUGGGCCAAAAUCCCUGCUGCAGUGUGUGCAAACGUGGUCAAGACCUACAGGAAACAUGAUCUCUGUAAUUGCAAACAAAGGUUUCUGUACCAAAUAUUAAGUUCUGCUUUUCUGAUGUAUCAAAUACUUAUGUCAUGCAAUAAAAUGCAAAUUAAUUACUUAAAAAUCAUACAAUGUGAUUUUCUGGAUUUUUUUUUUAGAUUCCGUCUCACAGUUGAAGUGUACCUAUGAUAAAAAUUACACACCUCUACAUGCUUUGUAAGUAGGAAAACCUGCAAAAUCAGCAGUGUAUCAAAUACUUGUUCUCCCCACUGUAUAUGUGCUUUCUUGAGCAGGGGGACCUUGCGGGCGCUGCAGGAUUUCAGUCCUUCAUGGCGUAGUGUGUUACCAAUAGUUUUGUUGGUGACUAUGGUCCCAGCUGCCUUGAGAUCAUUGACAAGAUCCUCCCGUGUAGUUCUGGGCUGAUUCCUCACCAUUCUCAUGAUCAUUGCAACUCCACGAGGUGAGAUCUUGCAUGGAGCCCCAGGCCGAGGGAGAUUGACACUUAUUUUGUGUUUCUUCCAUUUGUGAAUAAUCGCACCAACUGUUGUCACCUUCUCACCAAGCUGCUUGGCGAUGGUCUUGUAGCCCAUUCCAGCCUUGUGUAGGUCUACAAUCUUGUCCCUGACAUCCUUGGAGAGCUCUUUGGUCUUGGCCAUGGUGGAGAGUUUGGAAUCUGAUUGAUUGAUUGCUUCUGUGGACAGGUGUCUUUUAUACAGGUAACAAACUGAGAUUAGGAGUACUCCCUUUUAAGUGUGCUCCUAAUCUCAGCUCGUUACCUGUAUAAAAGACACCUGGGAGCCAGAAAUCUUUCUGAUUGAGAGGGUGUCAAAUACUUAUUUCCCUCAUUAAAAUGCAAAUCAAUUUAUAACAUUUUUGACAUGCGUUUUUCUGGAUUUUUUUGUUGUUAUUCUGUCUCUCACUGUUCAUAUAAACCUACCAUUAAAAUUAUAGACUGAUCAUUUCUUUGUCAGUGGGCAAACGUACAAAAUCAGCAGGGGAGCAAAUACUUUUUUCCCUCACUGUAUGUGUGUGUGUGUGUGUGUGUGUGUGUGUAUAUAUAUAUAUAUAUACACACACACACACACACAGCUUGAAUGCUGUUUCAGCCAAUCAGCGUUCAGGACCCAAGCUACCCAGUUUAUAAUAUAACAUAUAGAACAUGUAUACAGUGCAUUCAGAAAGUAUUCAGACCCUUUGACUUUUUCUUCAUUUUGUUAUGUUACAGCCUUCUAAAAUGUUUUUCCCCCCAUCAAACAAAGCAAAAACUGAAAUGUCACAUUUACAUAAGUAUUCAGACCCUUUGCUGUGAGACUCAAUUGUAUACAUGUUCUAAAAACCUGUUUUCACUUUGUCAUUAUGGGGUAUGGUGUGUAGAUGAUACAUUUUUUAUUUAAUCCAUUUUAGAAUAAGGCUGUAAUGUAACAAAAUGUGGAAAAGGUCAAGGGGUCUGAAUACUUUCCGAAUGCACUGUACAUACUUGACAAAACCAAAGGGUUGAGAUAUCAGGCGACAAUAAUCAGGCUGCUGAUCCCCCCCCCCCCCCCCCCCCACCAGGUGACGCUGCUGAAAUACGGCGUGCACGAGGCCAUCUUCGCCAUGCUGCCCUCGCUCAUGAACAAGGACGGGCUGCUGGUGGCCAAUGGGAAGGGCUUUGUAACCCGGGAGUUCCUGCGCAGCCUGCGGCGCCCCUUCAGCGAGAUCAUGGAGCCCAAGUUUGAGUUUGCGGUGAAGUUUAAUGCUCUGGAGCUGGACGACAGUGACCUGGCCCUGUUCGUGGCCGCCAUCAUCCUCUGUGGAGGUAUGUGCUGGUUCUAUACUGGUACUACCGUGAGAACUCAUUACUGUACUACCACAAUACACUGGCACUGUCAUAAUAACCCUAACCCUUCUACUAUCAUUAUAAGCCUAACUAAGGUAACUAAGACAAGCUGAAGUUAGUGCUAAAAUACAAGUUUGUUUUCUACCAGUUGACAUAUACUUACCUCCCUCUCCCCACUCUUUUUCUCUCCCCUCCCCUCCUCUCCCCCCUCCUUUCCCUCUCUCUUCUCCUGUCAGACCGUCCAGGGCUGAUAAACAUCAUGCAGGUGGAGGAGAUUCAGGACAGCAUCUUGCAGGCCCUGGACCAGCACCUGCUGGCCAACCACGCUGACUCAAAGUACCUUUUCCCCAAGCUGCUCAACAAGAUGGCCGACCUGCGCCAGCUGGUCACUGAGAACGGCAUGCUGGUCCAGAAGAUCAAGAAGACAGAGUCAGAGACCUCGCUGCACCCGCUGCUGCAGGAGAUCUACAAGGACAUGUACUGACUGGACUGGUUGAGCUUCCUAGUACAGCUGCAGUGUUUACUCACUCCUGGUUCCUGGGACUGGGAGUCACAGGGAGUGCAUGAUUUUGUUCCAGCCCAUCAUUAACACACCCUAUUCACCUCAUCAGCCAAUCAACCACCACCUUGAUCAGUUGAAUCAGGUGUUAGCGUUUAUUCUGACGUCUCAAUAAAAUAAUGAUGAAAACGCUGGCUGGUGGGAGUUAUAACAAUGAAUAUGUAGUUGCACACUCUUGUUCAGAUGCAGUUGAUUGAUUAUAAAUCACCAUCGUUUGGGCAGCAAGCUGCCUUCAUCAGGGUCUCUUGACUGUCUCUGUACUGGACAAAUGACAUGUACUGACCUGGAAUGUAUCAAGAGACUGAUGGGAGACAUACAGAGUAACAUACACCCUACCACAUAUUAAACGUGUGUGAUUGUUUGGGUGCCCGAAAUAGAAGGUGAUUUGAGUUGUUUCAAGUGGAUGCUGUUGUAUAGCAGGUCUUUAACUGUGGUUGGACAGGACUGAUGCAGUUGAAGGGCUUGUAGUGUCCUGCUCUGAACGUGGUGAAGGUGCAGUGUCGAGGUAUUCGUUUCCAGGAGAAUAACAGACAGCUCAUCAACCAAUGCCACAACAAAACCAAGACUCCUCUUUUCCCUCUAAAUUUUACAAGGAUGAUCAGCGUUGCUAUUUUUAUACAACAGAUUUUUGUAGUCUCUCUCUCCCGAUGGGCAGUGUUUUUUACAACGGUCAACCUAUUCUUAACCCUGCGGUUCGGGGUCAUUACCAGCCAUUGUUGUUUGUGUUACAAACUUUCUGAGAGCUCGUGAUGCUGAUAUUCAGAAAAAAUGCUGGUUCUGCUUGCCUGUACAAAUAAGAGGGUUGUCGGCAACCAUAGGUGUCCCCUUUCCGUCCGUCCCUACCAUCCCAUCCUAAGGCCAUAACACUGGGAUAAGCUAUUACCAAACCCCCCCUUAGCUCUCCUUUCCACAUCUGUAAAUCUUCAGUAUAAAUUCACACCCCUCAACCUCCCAAUUAUCUAAUCAUAGAACGGUUUUGAUUUGAUUGAUAACUCACAGUCCCGGGUUCGAAGAACCUCCCUUCUAUGCUAGUGAACAAAAUCCAUCGUCACACCCCCAGAGAUUGUGUGAAAGUAGGAGCUGUGAUUGUAUAUGCCUUUUAUAUAUGAAUCUCCUCCAUGGAGGUCCACCCCCAACCCUUCUCCUCCUGUUAGACCAGGAAGCACACAGACAGUCCAGUCAGUCUCACUUUUCAAUGGACACAUACAUUUAUAGAUUCUUACAACAUCCUAACCUCAAUACCUUUUAUGUUUUCUUUUGUGUACAACUGUUGGGUCUAAAACCAUGGGAUGAUGCUGUGUUGUCAUACUGUGAAGGUUAACCUGAUCACAGGGUCUGUAUAAGAUGUUUUGAAUGCCUGAUUUUACUUAUGUUUACUUAAUUAUGUAUAAUUGAAGUAUGAUUUGUAUAUAUUUUUUCAGCCAGGUGGUGUUCGUUAACUGCGCGCAGUCGAUAAGCAAAACUCUAACAAAUGUUCUCAUAUUAUGAGCUUCCCGCUUUCUUUCUUUUUUUCUCUUCUUAUUCUUCCGCCAAGUAUGGUGCUAUGGAUUUGGCCAACUAUCGCUCCCUCGAGCAGUCUAACUCCAGACAGGGAAUGACUGGUUCAUAAUACUUAGAGAGAAAAGGAUCCUACUCCCUUGGUUCCUUCCUAUCUCUUUCACUUCUUCACUGAUCUAAAAGGCCUGGUCAAAUGAAAGCAAUACAGCAAAGGCUUCUGUUGCGCGUCCACCAUAUAGAUUGUACCCAUCUAGAUCAGUGCUCAAUUGAAGGGAGUGAUUGAGCAUUUUAAGAGUUGAAAUACAGGGCAACGGUCAAGAAAUUACUUAUAGAAAUAUAUUGACUUGAUCUAUGGCUCUGGACACGCCAUCAGAAUUCUGAUGCUGUUGGAAUUCAGAGAUGCAUGGCAGCAGGGGGACCAAUCUAAAUUGCCAUGAGAGGAAAUAGGUUUAUCCCCAUUCUUUUAGGUCAGCCAAUUAUGGUAACUGAUGAAAUACUGCACUUCCUACUGUACAUAGCAAUUAUGUAAAUUAUAUGCAAAACAAUGUAUGUUUCUGUUUUUAUUAUUUUCUAUGUUGUGACAUUAAAAUGGCUAAAUAAGUUUGUAUUCUAGCACAAGAGUAGGGGGAGGACAUUAUAUAUGUGACUCCUUGCCUAUACAGUAGAGAGGUUGCCAAAUUGUUACAGAUAUCUCUUGAAUAAGCGCUUUAUUUCCGCUCACAGGGAGUUGACAAAGCACAACUGACUGAUCUGAUGCUCACCUAACAGCAGAAACAGUUGAGACAAUAAUAAUAAAGUGACAGUGUUGAACCACCUGUUCUGGUUACUGUGUUCUGUAUCCACUUAGUCAGUGUACCCUGGGGGGGAGGAGGUCAUUUCUCCUCCUGUAAUCAUCUUUUAUUUUCUUCUGUUACCUUCUUCCUUUCUCUCAGUAUGAAUAAAAGCGUCUGCUAAAUGG